GAGGCGUUAGCUGCACUUGGGUUGACAAGGUUCCGUUCUUCGAGUGUGGAGACUGUCCGCCGGGGUUUGAAGGGAACGGUCGCUUCUGUUCACCGGAAGAUGGUUGCGGUGAUGACCCAUGCUUCCCGAGAGUCAACUGCACUUGGACGGACCGGGAGCCGUUCUUCAAGUGCGGACCAUGUCCGACGGGGUUCGUAGGAGAUGGAAUGACCUGCAGCAGGAAUCCUUGCCUGGAGAAUCCGUGCUACGACGGAGUCAGCUGUCAGAUGCUACCGUCGGAACCGUUCUUCAGCUGUGGCGACUGUCCGGUAGGGCUAGCUGGCGAUGGGAUUCUCUGCGCGAAGGACAGCGACGCGGACGGAUAUCCGGACGGGGAGGACAACUGUCCGCGGCAUCCAAACUCCGGACAGGAAGAUACGGAUCGCGACGGGGAGGGAGAUGCUUGCGAGGAGGAUGUCGAUGCGGACGGCGUUGGCAAUCUGGCGGAUAACUGUCGGUACGUUUCGAAUCCUGCGCAGGAGGACUUCGACGGGGACAAGAUUGGCGAUGCUUGUGACAACUGCGCAAAGGUUUCGAACCGAAAGCAGACGGACGUCGACGGUGAUGGGCGAGGAAAUGAGUGUGAUGACGACAUUGAUGGAGAUGGAUUGGUGAAUGAGCGGGACAACUGCGCGUUUGUUUACAAUCCGGAGCAGGAGGAUGACGACGGGGACGGAGUUGGGAACGGGUGCGACAACUGCCGGAUGAAACACAAUCCGUUCCAGGAAGAUUCUGAUGGUAAUGAGGUUGGAGACGCGUGCUCGUCGGAGGUGGAUUCGGACGGAGAUGGAUUUCAGGAUGAUUUGGACAACUGUCCGCUGGUGGAAAACUGCGCUCAGUUGGACACGGAUGGAGAUGGAAUUGGAGAUGCUUGUGACGAGGACAGGGAUAAUGAUGGAGUGCUGAACGGAUUGGACAACUGCGAACUGAUUCCGAACGCGGGUCAGGGGGAUGUCAACAGUAAGUUACUUGGAGGACUUAGACACUUUCAAUCUACUAGAUAAUUGCAGGAAACGGAAUUGGUGACAGUUGCGAGAACGAUCUGGAUGGAGACAGCAUCGUAGAUUGGA